UUCUGUAAACACCCUUAGCUUAAAAUUGCAUGUAGUAAAACGGCAAAGCCAUAUAAACAACAAAAACAAGGAUAUAAAUAUAAAUUAUUAAAAUUGCAUAUGUGACACAUCGAAGAUUAUUCUUUGAUUGAGUCAGAAUAAAUAUAUGAUUUAAUUGUAUAUAUAUUUGCAUUUAUUACAGAGGUCUAAAGGAUGGCAAAUAUACAAGUACAAGAGCUAAAUUGUGAUGGACGUAAUUUGACUGCUGAUAAAACAGUAGGUAGAAACAGUCAAAAUUCAAAACAUGAGCAAGAAGAAUUUGACUGGAAUCAAGUCAGUAUCGACUCAGAUGAUGAAAUAAAAACGAAAUUAAUUAAAUUGCCAAUAAGUCGCAUUCGUACAAUCAUUAAAACAGAUGUUGAGAUUAAUUUAAUUAAUCGAGAAGCAUUAUUUUUAAUAGCAAAAGCUACAGAGUUAUUUAUUGGGGCUCUUCUAAAAGAAUCUUAUAAGUAUACCUAUCAAUCAAAUAAAAGAACAGUACAAAAUCAAGAUUUAGAGAAUGCUAUUUACAAUGUAAAAGCCUUGAUAUUUUUAGAUGGAAUGUAAUAUGAUUAAAAAUUGAUUUUUCAAUUUUUAUCUUGAUUCUUAUAAUCACUACUUUCAAAGAUUGAUAAUAAUUAGGACCUUUUUUCAAAUAAAAUCCAUUUUCAUGUA